AAGAGAUGGGGGGAGUGUUUUGUCGCUUCUGCUUGACUGGCCCCUCACGCACAACCCACUGGAUUCCCCCGGAAGUUCUUACGGGAAAAGGUUGUGGCCGUACAACAAGAUGGCGGCGCUCAGGGGUGGCGGAGCAGUGGAGGAGGAGUUUGCUCCGGGAAGCAUGUGUGAUUACCAGCUGCAGUUUCAGGGAGUCAAGUUUUCCUCCUGAAAAGGAAAGCAAUGAUGUCCGUGGUACAUUGGCUGACAGCAGGGUGGCUUGUGGAUCAUCUGUCUUUCAUCAACCAGUGUGGCUAUGAGAUCUGUGACUCCUUUGCGUACCCUGGUGGUGUCCCUCUCAAUACUUCUGUCACAUCUACUGGACAUUGUCAUCCUACUUCUACCUUUGCUGCCACCUCCUCAAGAGAUGGUCGUGUUUCUGGUCCUGGAGAUGCGAUAGAAACAGGAGGUAAACCAGCAAAAACAAGAUACAUGUUCCGGGAGGAAUUCUUUGAUGUUUCUAAGCCCCAUAUAGCUGCAGCUCCUGAGGAGCAGCUGUGGCAGGGAUGCCCUGAGGUGAGUCUCACAGAACUAAAGGCCAGCAGCAACAGAGGGGAACACCAAGCAGGAACCGAGACAGGUGUCGGAGAUUCUGUUGCCAGUGCUAGGAAGAAACGCAAAAGGAAAUGUGUAUUCAACCAAGGUGAACUGGAUGCUUUAGAAUACCAUUCAAAGGUCAGGAAGCUCAUUUGGGAAGGCACUUUGCAUUUAGUCCAAGAAGGACGCAAAAGUGGUUUUCUUCACCACAGUAUUGCAGAACCCAGUUGCAGGAAGAAUGCUGUUCCUGGACCCAUCGGCUGUGGGUUGGCUGAACUAUGUGAAAUGGCAAAGCAGUUUCCAGCUGUGAAUGAAAGUGACCAUCAAGCUGUACAUGUGCUAGAUGAUGAAACCUCCAUUCCAGAGCAGGACUUGCUGUCAUGUGUUACAGAAAACAGCUCAAACUGUGCAAAGAUAGUUGUGUUAAUGGGGCAGAAGUACUUGGUGCCACCAAAAAGCAGUUUCCUUUUAUCUGACGUUUCAUGUUUACAGCCUCUGCUGAACUACAAGAAAAAGUACGAUGUAAUCGUGAUUGACCCACCAUGGGAGAACAAGUCUGUUAAAAGGAGUAGCAGGUACAGCUACUUGUCUUCAUGGCAAAUCAAGCAGAUUCCUGUACCAGCACUAGCUGCUCCAAAUUGUCUUGUAGUCACAUGGGUGACUAAUAGACAGAAGCACUUACAUUUUGUUAAGGAUGAACUUUAUCCUCAUUGGUCUGUGAAAACACUUGCUGAGUGGCACUGGGUAAAAAUUACUGGAGCUGGAGAAUUUGUAUUUCCUUUGGAUUCUUUACACAAAAAGCCCUAUGAAGUUCUUGUACUGGGGAGAGUUCGAGGAGAAGUAAAAGAAACCUUAAGGAAAUCUGAAGAUGUACGUCCAAUUCCAGAACAUAAGUUAAUUGUCAGCAUACCCUGCAGUCUGCAUUCGCAUAAGCCUCCUCUUACUGGAGGAUUUGAUUAUUGUAUAAAGUAGUGUGUGCAAAAGAGGAAGAUAUCACACAAAUUCGGAGAGGAAUGAUGGGCAGUGAAUAGAGAUAAGACAGUGGUCCUCUCUGUGGGGGGUGCGCUUCCUUGUAGUCAAUCCCUCCGUAGUGGUGAGUAUUCUGCUUGGAAAGGUUGCAUCAAUAACAGGGGAUACACUUAAAAUGAAGGUGUUGUCUCUGAGUUUUUAAUUCUCAGUCAUAAAUCUUUGCCAGAAAUCUAAGUAGCUCACUUGAGUUUUCCAGAUCUGAUCAUUAUGCAAAGUCUCUUUGAUAAUGGUAGUAGCAAAAGAAAGUGAAAAUAAAUCCAAAAGUACUUGUAGAGUUAAGACUCCCUUUGUACACCAGAGAUGUGAGAUCAUCUUUUACUGUCUAGCCAUUUAUGAAAUGCUUACCCAGUGAAGAUGUAAUAGUUUUCAUUUAAAAUCUUGGUACUAGAUAUUUAGUCUGAGACCAGCUGUGACACUUAAGUAUUUCCUGCUUUGAUAAACCAGAUGAUGAAAUAAUCUAAUUAGUCUCCUCAUGAGAAGCUGUCAGAAGUACGAUAGCUUUCCUAUUUAAGAAUCAAUAAAAUGGCAAGAUGGUAAAAUCUGUCAGGGCAUCUGUAACAUGA